UGUUCGCACGCCUUCUUUUCUACACAAAUCCCAUCAGACACUCUACCUGUAUACACUACAACUUGAUCAGCCGAGGCUUCGCAGUCAUGGCUAGCAAGUCUACCAUCUCCAGACCCGCCGACUUUGUGGACUUCCUCCACGCAUCUCCCACUCCCUUUCAUGCCGUCCAAUCUUCAGUCCAGCGUCUGGAGAAGGCGGGCUUCAAGCAAAUCAGAGAACGAGACCCCUGGUCCUCCACUCUCACUCCCGGCGGAAAGUACUACCUCACCCGUAACACCUCCACCGUCGUCGCCUUCGCCAUUGGCUCCGAAUGGAAGCCCGGCAACCCCAUCGCCAUGGUAGGCGCACAUACCGACUCCUGCUGUCUGCGACUUAAACCCGUCUCGAAACGCUCCGCCGAAGGCUUUCUCCAGGUCGGCGUGGAGACGUACGGAGGUGGCUUGUGGCAUACGUGGUUUGACCGUGAUUUGGGAAUUGCCGGGAGGGUCAUGGUGAAGAAGGGCGAGCAGGUGGAGCAGAAGUUGGUGAGGAUUGACAAACCUAUUGCGAGAAUUCCCAAUUUGGCAAUGCACUUUGGAGGAAGUGAGCCUUUUACUUUUAACAAGGAGACGCAGUUAUUUCCCGUGUUGGGGUUGAUUUCUGCCGAGUUGAAUCGCGUGGGGAAGACGAAGGAAGAGGCGAAGGAGGAGGAAGAGACGGAGAAGAAGGAGGCCGGGGAGGGUGAAUUCGAGCCGCUCAAGACUGUGACCAAGAGACACCAUCCAUAUCUCAUCGAGUUGAUUGCAAAGGAUGCUGGUGUGGAAGCUGCUGAUAUCCUAGACUUUGAACUGGUCUUCUACGACGUUCAACCUCCCUGCCUCGGUGGCAUCAAUGACGAGUUCAUCUUUUCGGCUCGUCUGGACAACCUGGGAAUGACAUACUGUGCUGUUGAGGGUCUCAUCAAAUCCGUGGAAUCUCCUUCAGCACUUCAAGGCGACUCCACCAUCCGCCUCAUCGCCUGUUUCGACCACGAGGAAAUUGGCUCCAAAUCUGCUCAAGGUGCGGACAGUAACAUGCUCCCAGCCGUCAUCCGCCGUCUCUCCGUCCUUCCAUCGGCCGCAAAAGAUGACAGCGAGAAGAGCUACGACAAAGUCAGCGCUGGGGAGAGUGUCGAUACCAGCACAGCAUAUGAACAGACCCUCGCGACGAGCUUCCUCAUCUCCGCAGAUAUGGCUCACUCCAUCAACCCCAACUACGGCGGCAACUACGAAGCUGAACAUCGUCCACACAUGAACGAAGGCACUGUCAUCAAGAUCAAUGCCAAUGUUCGAUAUGCUACAAACUCCCCCGGAAUCGUUCUCCUGCAGGAAUGCGCCAGGCGUGCCAAACCGUCCUCCUACCAAGCACCAGGUAUCAAGAAGUCUGAAACUGGUGUCCCACUGCAGUUGUUUGUGGUGCGCAACGAUUCGAGAUGCGGGAGUACCAUUGGUCCUAUGUUGAGUGCUGCCUUAGGGGCGAGGACUAUCGAUGUGGGUAAUCCUCAGCUCAGUAUGCAUUCGAUUCGAGAGACAGGCGGAGCGUAUGAUGCCGAGUAUGGAGUGAACCUGUUUGAUAGUUUCUUUGAGCAUUUCGGAGAGUUGGAGGGGAAGAUUAUGGUGGAUUGACUACCCGAGGAUGGUGGUGAGGCGAAAAGGGCGAGGUUGUGAUGACUUGUGGACGGAAGUGUGGUGAGUGAACAAACCUGCAACGAGAGUCGCUAUCCCAACCGGAGGCGAACGGAACGAGAUGCUCUCCAUACUAUGCGAGCACAUAGUUCUGCAUCUAAGCCAGGGAACGAAAGGAAUGAUAACGAAAAUUCACCACUCUGUCCAGAGCUGACAUGUCUUCUGCGGCGGCGCCGCGACAUUGAUGUUCUAGGGAGGGCAAUCUCAACGAGCUACACAAAAUCCGACUCACAAUGCUUGCACAAAUUGACGAGGCACUAGAAACUAUUUCCCCAGGAUCCUGAUACGAAACAAGUCAUGUCUCUAGAGCACGCGACUGCAGACAUGUAUGGUAGGGAGGGUGGACAGUAGGGCAGCGGUGAGGUUCAAAGAGAUGAGCAUUGCGCCGAACGAAUAUCAUAUGCUCGUGUGCAGUCACCAGUGGUUGCCUGGUGGUGGUGGUGACGCCCUGCUUCGAAUGGGCAUUGCCCACGCGCGUGUUUGCUAUCAGCUGCAUGAAACUCAUGUGCUCGUUACUCGUUGUGGGCUUACUAUAUAUGUUCACAGGCAACUUGGACCUCCAAGAAACAUCGCGAAAUCUCC